AUGGAGCAAGAAUCGUCGACACCACUGUAUCUUCGACGGGCUCUAGCAAUCACCCUUGCGCUCACUGCACUCCGUCAACUCAAAUCCUGCCGUGUAUCCUAUCUGUUUCCCUUCUCGAAUCUUCUCACAGAUGAAGUCGACAAAAUGUUCGCUUACGCGCUGAAUACAAGCACACUGUUCUUCGCAUGGUGUAUCGCCGAGCCUUCCAUCGCCCACCCUAUUUUUAUAAACCUGAAUACAUUGCGCUAUACCCUGGCCGGUAUCAUUCUCUCUCUCACCGUAUGCGGCGAUAGCCCCCUCAAGCGCCUUCUUGUCGGAUUCGCAAUCGGGGCAUGUUGGAUCAUCGGAUGGACGAUCACGUCUGCGGAGCAGCGGGCGGCCUAUUGGCGGUUCCUGAGAGGCGGGCUGGGUUUCACGCUAAUUAAUUUGUGGCAGAAGGCCGCUCUUUAG